CGCCUCACAAAAAACGUAAAUUUCGGACCGUGUUGUGCGCCGAGGCCUUUAAUUUAGGGUAUUUUAAUUAACUUAUCAUGCCCGAUUUCCGGUGCAUAUUCCGGUUUCGAAACGCUAAAACCGGCAGAUACUGAUAGCCAGAAAGUCUGCCGCCCAGCAGAGCGAAUCCUCUUGGUGCACCAACGAGUUUAUCACAAAGCAACCUAGAAAUCGCAAAGUUCAUUUGUCAGCCCCAGCUCGAGCUCGAGAGUUGCCAGUCCGGCAGCAGAUAGAUUAACAGCUAAUCAGUGAAAGAUGAUUUCGUGAUUAUCGUUGCUUUCUGCUGCUUUCUUCCGUUGCCAUUUCUUGGUGCAAAACCGUACAGCACCGGCUACACGAUGAGUGCGAAGGACAAAGACCCGCUGUACCUGUUGAAGAUAUUUUUCCGGAAACCCAAACCCGGCGGUGUUUCCAGCUCUCGAAACGAUGUACCGAUCUCGCCGGAACUGGAGCGAGAACUGCGCCCGGAAACGCCCGUCACACAGCGCUGUAAGGCGCUGAAGGAUUUUGGGGAGCAGGUGAUGGCGUACCGGCUCGAACCGGAAGCAGUCCAGUCGCUGUGGGACCUGACGAAGGAUCUGCUCGUGGGCAACAAGCUGAUGGAGCAGCGCCAGUGUGCUCUCACCUUCUACUGCAAGCUCAUCCAGGGUCAGUACGAUAGUCUAGGCCUGAUGAGGGCCCAGUUCUAUCGCGUAAUCGUUAGCCACAGCGAACCGGAGGAUAUUGCGUAUCGGCUCGAAAUGCUCAAGCAUCUGACCGAGACGGGUAAGAAUAUACAGCACUUUGAGCGCGAGAUCGGACCGUUUCUGCUCGAUUGGAUCAAACCGAUCCAUGAGGCGGGCCUGAUCGAACCGUUGCUGGAGCUGAUCGUGAACCUGAUCAAGUACAAUGCGGCUAGUCUGGAGCCCAAGUUUCUGGUCGGUGUCGUGUCGUACAUCUUCGAAGUGACGUGCAGCCGGCAGGAAACGAGCACAGUGCUGCUCUGCCUGUCCGUGCUGGACUGCUUCAUCUGCUACGCCAUCAUACCGAACGAGUCGCUCACCCUGUUCAUCAUCAUACUGUGCCGGGUGGUGAACCAGGAGGCAUACUGUCAGAACUCGUGGAAGAUUAUGAAGAAUCUGUUCGGUACCGCGCUUGGCCAUGCGACGCUGCUGACCAUGUGCAGUAUCCUCAACAACACGGCCUUCCACCAGGAUGAUGCACUGAUGCGCGGAGCCGUCUUCCACACCAACAUGGGCCUGUGGGGGGUCGGCGGUACCGUACCGUCCCUUCACUGCUCGCCAUCGCUAGUGCUGACCAGCUUCUCGAAUGCCCUGAAAAGCAAGCAUGCCGUCGUUACGUACGAGGUAAUCAUGAGUCUGACCCGGUUGAUUCAAAAGUCCGGCCCCGAACUGAACGAACCAACGUGGGACAUUAUCUGCGAUAUUAUGAUGGAGAUCUCGCACAUUCUCCCUAAUCACGGUCUACCGGCCCAUCAUUUCGUGCCCCAGCACUAUCACGAGGUGCUGGACAUGAUCGAGACGCUGCUCCAGCAGGGUACGAUCAAUGCGGAUACCGACAAGAUCUACAAUCUGAUUGAGCACGUGGCAGCGGAGCGCCCCGAAGUGUCGGUGCAGCGAUUGAUUGACUACAAGGCGGCCCAAAUAUCGGCCACCCGAUCCGAGUGGUUGCGACAGCUCUGCCUCUUCAUGGAUCGGUUCUACCGGAUGGAGAACAGCAAGGUGCGCAUCUACGCGGUCCAGGCACUCGAGAAGAUUAUGCUCGCCAACCGGGCCGCGUACGAGGACGAGAUUCUCGAACGUAUCGUGAUCGUGCAUCUGGGUGGUGUGGCACUGGAGAAGGAUACGGAGGUACGGAAGGCGGUGGCACGGGCGCUGAUCGAUUUCACGAUGCACUGUGACACGAAACGGUGCAUUGAGCUGUUGGAAAUCAUUGAAAAGCUUCUGCAUCGUCCAUACGAUCAGUACCAGGAGGGUUACGUCGUGCGGAGUGAACAAGAAGUUGAGGAUAUUGUGCUCCUGGUGGAUGGAUUGAUACGGGUGUUUAUCGCCAAGCUGUACCGGUUGCCGUCGUUGCAUGCGAUCCGCGUGUACAGUAUGCUGAUCGGGUUUCUAGAGCUUCAUUACCAGAAGCCCCAUGUGCUGCAGAGCGUCAACACGAUCCGGUAUCGGAUAUUCAACUGGAUGCUAAAGGCACGUGCGAACGCUACGUUCCACAUUGGUUACCCCGAUCCGGAGGAUAGCGAGCGGAUCCGUUUCUCGCGCUAUCUCGGACUCGAGGGUCCCUACCAGCACCAAAGUCUGCAGCCGCAGCCGUAUCUGUCAAACCAAUCGUCGAGCCAGCUCAAUCUCACGCAGAGCGAAGGAUCGAAGGCGAUGGAUCGCAUUCCGGCCACCAACCUGACGACGAUUUCAAUCAAGCGCGGUUGUCAGGUGAUAGUACUGUGUUUGAGGGAGGAAAAGGACUGGGAAGUGAUACAGCUGGUGCUGACCGAGCUGCCCAACAUCAUGCAGAACAAGGCCCUCAUUCAGGGAAACGAUGUGGAUUCGCUGGCCCGCACGCUCUACCGCAUGUACGGUGAUCCGAUGCAGCUCGAAAAGCUACAGGCACCGGCCAACAUGCAGCCAAAGGUGUCCGACUACAAGGAGCUGAUACUGCCGGCUCUGUCAAGCCUGGCGAUGUACCAUCAGCAUCUAGAUCUGAACACGCAGAAGAACAUCAUCGAUGCGCUGAAGCAUGGGCUUAUCUCGCGACGACCGCACGAUUGCAUCCGCACGCUGACGAUACUGCUGCUCGAGAUGCCGGAACAAGUGAUGCCUAAGAUGGCCGAUCUGCUACUCGAUCUCAGCAAGAUGACCGGCACAAAGAUGGUGGCCCUACCGGUGCUCGAGUUUCUUUCGACGCUUAAUCUGGUACCGAGCUUCCGGUUCGGCAACUUUAUCAUGCGCACGUACAUGUGCGUGAUGGCCAUGUCGCUACCGUACACCAAUCCGUUCCGGUACGAUCACUACACCGUCUCGCUGGCCCACUACGUCGUCGCGGCCUGGUUCAUCAAAUGUAGGCUGCCGAUGCGCCACCAGCUGAUCAAGUUCAUCGUCCAGGGACUCGAAUCGUACGUGCACGUACCGUUCCAGGAUGGAUCGCGAUCGUUCUCGCAGGUCAACGAAGACUCGUCCGAGCGAAAGCGCAGCUCCAGCCUUACCGAGCAGAGCUCCCGGAGGCGUGAUCGCAUCCAAGCGCAGAAGCAGCAACAACAGCAACAACAACAGCAACAGCAGCAGCAAGGUGGUCAACAACAACAGCAGCAGCAAGGCCAGCAGACGGGACCAGGCCAACAGAACGCGUCACAAACGGUUGCAACGAAGGGUUCGGGCUCGACGCAGCAGCGCGUCUAUCCGCUUUCCGCAGUCAAUGAUGAUAUGUACAAGUUCCACUGUGAGCUGGCCGAAACGUGUGUCGACUUUAUGGUACGCCACACGUUUUCGCCCUGCUCCGGUAUCUCGAAGCGGCUCCCUUCGGCCGAAUUUCUCCUCUCCGGGGGCCAAUCGAUGACGUGGCUCAUCGGACACGAUCUGAUCACGGUUACGACGAGUGGCUGCUCCGGUAUUACCUUCCGCAAUGGUCUCUGCGAUCGUUGCCAUCAAUUCUGUUCCUCUUCCCUGACGGCAGCGAUCGGUAACGGUGGCAAUGAUAUUGGCAUGAAACUCGCCGUUGCUGGUUCGUUACAACAGCAUCAUCAUCCUUCAUCCUCCUCGACGGCAUCAUCGCAGCAUGCACUGCUCUCCAAGUCAAACAGCAGUGCCAGUACUGCGACGCCAUCGAACGCCACUGGUGGUGGGCAACCGCUCUCGCCUGAGUUACCGAGCGUGAGCUCCUCGUCUGGCAAAGACUCCGGUAUUGCUGCUGGUGGUGGGGGUGGUGGUGGUGCCGGCAGUGCAACAGGCACAACCAUAACGGAUAACACGACGGCAGCUGUGGGCUCCACUAACAGCAACAGCAUCAGCAACGUCGGUUUGACGGCGAAUAAAAGGUAUACCAAAGCCAGUUUGCAACACAGUAGUGCAAACGAAUCCGACAGCACCGAUCUGACUACCAGUUCGGCUUCAUCAUCCGCCGCCGUUACACCGUUCCCCAGUACGGCACCCCAUUCGACUCACGUUGCGGGAAGUAACAGCGCAGCAACCAGUGCCACCGGCGGUAAUCGGUUCUUCAACCGUCAAGGUUCCCAGGAAGGCUACGGUUCGACUGGUUCAGUGGAAGCACUGUCACGCCGUGGUAGCAUCCCGGAUGCGAAUGAUCCCAGCAUGCCACCCGGUGUGACCUCCUUCGAGCAGCAACGGUCCGGUGGCCGUGCAGCGGCCCAAGCCGGACUCAUGACGACGAUCGGCAAUCGGUUGAUACUUCCGCAACAGCUAAGUGGUUCUUCGGGCUCGACAUCUGGCAUCGGGUUCGAGUCGAGACCGGCGGCCCAACCUUGCGCCUGUUCCUGUACGGGAUGGGCGGAAGUGUGUGUGCGGCGUCCGACCGGUUUCACCUCAUGGAUCACUCGCAUCCAGAGUCAGGUUUCGCAUGACAUGCUCGGUGGUGAUGCGUCCCUGCAUGACCUAGCGACCCUCUUUGCGCCUAGUGUUGGCGGUGGAGUGGUUGGAUUGGAUUUCCCUGGACACGGCGGAACAGCGGGAGCCCCAGGAUCACUAUCGGCUGUGUAUGGUGCGGCCAGCACAGAUACGGCGACACCGUUCGGCAGUGCCGCCGAUAUCCCGGCCAGCAUCAUCGAUCAUCGACACUCGGUGGGAGGUGCUGAGAUGGGUGGUGGGGGACCAGCACCAACAACAGCAGCAGCAGCUACUACUUUCGAGCAGCAUGCACCGGUCGGUACUGGGGCCGUGUCGACAGGCCAGCAGCUACGUGCAACGAAGGUAUCCAUCUCUGACGAGGUGUUCGAGAUGGCGCGACGAGAAGAUCCGAAGAAGAAGCUAUCGGUGGAGGAAGAACAGGAGCAGAGUGAGGAUGAGGAGCUGAAAAGUGUGAUGUUAACGGCCGCGGGAGGUGGCGUCAUCGAAGGCAGUGGAUCGUUGGCUGGCGGUGGUUCGGGACCGAUUGCCAUUCCUGGCAAGCGAACGCUCGCCUCGGACGAAGACGACGAUGAGGAUGAGGAUGAUGACGAAGACGACGAGGAGGAUGAAGAAGUCGUUCAGCGUGAGGUUCGUGGAGUAGAUGAUCGAGGGGCUGGUGAAGAUGAUGAAGAUGACGAUGAUGGCGACAGUGAUGAUGAAGAUGAUGAUGAUGCUGAUGAUAGACGCAUAGGCCGUGGACGCGUACGCGGAUACGACGGUGAGGUGGAGUUUGAUGAUUCCGAAGGCAGAUCCCGUAAACCGGUCCGUCGGGUUAACUCCAGUCCGGAGAUGCGCUCCAAGUGGAACAAUCCGUUCUUAAGCAAAACGAAAGAACCACCGGUGAUAGCUGCAGUUCCGGGUUCGAGCACUAUGGUCAGUACUGUAGAAGGUGCCAGUGUAUCGGGGCCGGGCGGAAUCGAUCAUCAGAAUGCAUCCGCGAUGGUCACUCCCACUACCGGCUCUAGCGAUGGUGGCGUUCCGGUGGAGAAGAAGAAAUCGACCUACGGUAAGGGAGUUAGCUGCGAGGCAAUACCGGAGGAAAUUGCUGGUUCAACACCACCAGCGAGCAGCGGCAUGAUGCGUACUGUCGCUACGACUGCCGGUUCCUCUUCCAUCCACGCCACAGCUCCGACCGUGCGCGGUACGAUUGCGGCCAAGCAUCAGGCAGAGUUUGCGACGGCCAAAUCAACGAUCACGACCUCUCUACCGGAGUCGAACACGGUCGAACCGUCGCAAGUCGCUCCACGGAAGCAACAUUCGGCUGACGAUACGCUGGGGGGCUCUGGCACUCCGGCUCCAAGUGACGGGCACAACAUUAUAAACCUAGCGGGAGCUGGUGUAACGUCGGUACCGAAUGCCGCCAAUACGAUUGUCCCGAUCGCGAUGCAUCCGAUCACGCAGACAUCCUCCUCAUCCGCGCUUAGUCUGAAGCUACCGAUGGAGAAGGUGACGGCGAAGCCACCGCAAUCACCGGUCCCUUUGUCACCACGAUUGCUCGCCCGCAACACCAUCAACCUGAAGCAAUCGAGUUCCGGUACCGCGUCUCCAUCGUUUCCACUCAUGGGUGGCGGUAGUGGUGUGGGGGGAGUUGGUGGUGGGUUGAUGGGGGCUAGCAAUGAUAACGAUUUGCCACGAGGACGCUCGAAAACGAUCUCGACCGUGCGGGAACAUUAUACGCGCGAUGCAGCCAAGUGGAGCGGAGGUGCGGGCGCCGGUGUGCCCCGUAUGCGCAACGAGCUCACGAACCGAAACGUUAUUAGCCCGAGCUUCGUGUUCCUGCAGCUGUACCAUCAUGGACAGUUCGGAACGGAGCGACCGGUACUGAUGGAUCGCGAUCCGGAGAAGGCGAUCGCACUGCUUGACCUAAUACCACCGUUCGAGAUCCACAAGAUCGGUGUGCUGUACGUUGGGCCUGGUCAGGCGGGCAAUGAGACGGAGAUCCUAAAGAACCGGUACGGGAGCCUUCGGUAUGCCGAGUUUCUCAGCAGUCUCGGCACGCUGGUCGCGAUCAAGGAUGCCAAGGAGCGCAACAUCUAUAUCGAUCUCGAGAGCAACGGCAAGGACGGGGCGUUCACGUACAUCCACCAGGAUGAAAUCGUGCAGAUUACGUUCCACGUUGCGACGCUGAUGCCCAACAAGCGGCAGGAUCCGCACGGGAACGAGAAAAAGAAGCACAUCGGUAAUGAUUUUGUUACGAUCGUGUACAACGAGAGCGGCGAGCAGUACGACCUGAAGACGAUCAAGGGACAAUACAAUUACGCCUGCGUUGUGGUGGAACCGAUCGAACUGAAUAGCAACCGCGUGUUCAUACGCUCAAAGGAUGAUAUUGCGCAGCACGUAACUCACGAGACGAAGAUCGUUUCCGACAGUACGGCCCCACUGCUCGCUCGCCAAAUGGCGCUGCAUGCGAAUCUGGCAUCACUGGUGGCACAAUCACUGAAAACGAAAAACUCCAGCCCGUACGCCUCGAACUGGCUCGAGCGGUUGCGUAAGAUCAAGAACAUACGCGCACGGUAUGGGCAGGACGAUCAGCAGAAACCACAAUCGGCGCAACAGGGUGGUUCGGCUAACGAUCUCACCACCUCAUCCGCCACAACCGCCGCAGGCAGCUCGACCGGAGGCAUCACGUUCCGCAUGGAUGACUUCUCCAAGUACACCGUCUGAAAAGCAUCUUCCGGGGAUUAACCCGCGCCUUGGGGGUGCACACAUUGUUACAUACUCUCCUACACUGCUUCCCCCCAUCUAUUUCUACUUCCGUUUACCCUUACCCUCACUCCCUCCAUCAUAUCUUUCUUUCUCUAUUGUGCACGCUGUGCGAUACUCACGGUUUUAGUUAUGUUUGAGCUUGCCCCGCAUGUAAUAAUCGUACGCGAUGCUAGCUAGACUGGUCAUAUAUCUGUAUCGCGUGUUUCGCGCACCCGAGGCUUUUCGGCGGAUCCUACGUUCUACUCAAACAGCCCCGUGCGCUAUACCGCUUCACAAUGUAGCAUAUAAUGAGCCUUAACAGACCUACGACCUCCAGUAUGGUACACGCUACAGCUGGAGGAGCUUACUCGGAAGCCCUGGUGCUGGGAUUCGAGCGCAAUUAUCGCUCUAGCAAUACGCCCUUUGCACGGCUUUUGCCAGAUCGGCGGGGCAGACAGGCGACCGUCAUCCCGAGGUUAGUCAGGCAUCAGUAGUGGCAGCCCUGGGACGGAAUGCUGAAGACACAAUAUCAAUAAAGUUUGCAUACUUGUUAUCGUACAAACUAUUAUACCGAAACCUAAAUAUGGCCUCCUCUUGACUGU